AUGGAGCGUCGCCCUCCGGUUCAUGUGCAGCCACCGGCUACUCCAGUUCUGCUAUCGGAACAAGCGGCACAGGCUGCAAAGGACUUGAAGUCCGAUGCUGCCGAUGCCGAGGAUCCAGAUUUAGUUGAUGCUCAGAGGAAGGUUGUGGAUGCAGCUCGUGCUUCGUCUGCCGCUAAGAAGCUUGCCAAGAUCGAGAAAAAGGCUGAGAAGCCGAUCAAGAAAGACACAGCGAAUAAAGCUCCCAAGGCUAAGGCUAAAGCUAAGGGGAAGGCUCGCACGUGCAAGCCGACAGAUGUGGCCGGGGAGCUCCCAGCCGAAGCAGCAGCAGAUGCAGCAGCAGCAGCGCCGACAGCAGCAGAAGCCCCGGCAGCAGCAGAAGCGCCGGCAGCAGCAGAAGCGCCGGCAGUGCCUGAGAUGAUGACAGCUGCUGGUUGCACGUGGGCAGAGGCUGCCACCCAGCUUGGAUUAGGGUACUUAUUGGGGUCAAUGUAUUGUUGGCAGUGCACUUCGAAUUCCAAUAAUUAA